ACUUUGUCUUCUGUCCAAGAAAUUGAAAAGCUGCUGCAAUAAAACCCCCAAUAAACUCCCUUCCCCCCGUCCUCUGACCCUUCACUCCUUCCUUCACUUCUCCCUAUUAGUACAACCACUUUCUGGCUUCGGUUUACUUUCAUUUUGUUGCAUAGAGGACGACUUGGGAGUUGCAGCAAUAAUUGUCAAAGAGCAUUCAUUUCAGAAAAACGCAAAUUCAUUCUCUGACCCCAAACAAAACCCCCACUUUAAACAAAAUUUCAAAAAUAGAAAAAGUUCAGGCGUACCCGUAUCAUUCUGGGGUCAUUAAUCACGCCACCAUAGGCUUUCUGCUAUGGAUUGUCAGCCACGAUUGAGGUCUGCGAGAGGAAUAAAGGUGGCAAAAUGGCUGGCUUUUUUUCGCUAGGUGGUGGUGGAAGUAGUAGAGGAGGAAGCAGCAGCAACCAAGAAAGCAGCAGUCAUAACAAUACCACCACCAACAACCAACAGCAUCAGCCCACCGAAAUCAACCCGGAGAAUUGGUUCCUCUACAAAAGUGAUGAAUACAAGGGCUUCGAGAUAUGGCAUCCCCAACCGCAGCACCAAUACCACCAGCCGCACAAUCAACCAGAACACCAUCAUUUUCGCCACCACAAUCCGUCUCUACAAGAUUUUUAUCCAUCAGCCGGAGGAGGAUUAGACUUUGGCCCCAGCAGCAGCCAUCGCGGCGGAGGAGGUGGCCUAAACAUCUCCUCGGAUGAGCCUUCGAGAUCGGCGUUUGUAAUGAUGAGGAGUAGUGGUGGGGGAAUUAGCUGUCAGGACUGCGGAAACCAAGCUAAGAAAGAUUGUGCACACAUGAGAUGUAGGACUUGUUGCAAGAGCCGCGGGUUUCAGUGCUCAACCCAUGUCAAAAGCACUUGGGUUCCAGCUGCCAAAAGAAGGGAAAGGCAGCAGCAACUUGCUUCUUUGCAGCAGCAAGAACAAACUCAAGAAAACCAAAACCAGCAGCAGCAACAAUUGCAACUUCAUCAUGGUCAUAGCCAUAGAGGGGAGAAUUCCAAAAGGCAGAAAGAGAAUCGAGCUUCUUCUUCACUCGUCUGUACUCGCUUACCCUCCAAUUCUUCAGGGUUCGAAGUGGGACAUUUUCCGGCAGAAGUAAGCACUUCGGCGGUUUUUCGGUGCGUACGAGUGAGCUCCAUUGAUGAAAAUGAGGAUCAGUACGCGUAUCAGACGGCUGUAAACAUUGGAGGACAUGUUUUCAAGGGAAUUUUGUAUGAUCAAGGCCUCGAGAGUCAGUACAUGACUACUGAGAGUUCGUCUGGUGGCGGAAGCGGCAGCACUACGGGAGUACAACAGCUUAAUCUCAUUACUGGUACAGCUGCCACUGCAACCUCCACCGGUACGACAACCGUCAGUGGUGGAGGAGGAGGAGGAGGAGGAGCAGCUGCGGGUUCGCCAUUUCUUGACCCGUCAAUGUAUCCAGCUCCACUGAAUUCUUACAUGGCUGGUACGCAAUUCUUCCCACCUCCAAGGUCCUGAAAUGAAACAACAAGAGGAAAAUUCCAUACAUUCUCUCUCUCUCUCUCACACACUCUCUCUCUAAUCAACCUUCUUCUUGACUUUGUGUACUAUUUCCUCGUGGUACAGUUGUAGUAGUAAUAUUUUUACUGUUUGUAGUAGAGAAGAACAUUUGACACGCAUUGCGCUUAUUAAAAUUACUAAUUACACAAGGAAAAUAGGAGAGGAGGAUCGACAAAGAAGA